GCGGAAAGGGGGACAGAUCCUUCUUUUCCCAAGGCAUCCGAGUCCUCUCCGCCGCACGCGCUUUCCUGGAAGCAGCGCCCAGUUCGGGUGACAGGCGACGGUUUCGAUAAGGCGGCCCCUAUCGCGGCGCUGCAGCCGGCGGCCAAGAGCGCGAUCGCGGGCGAGGAGGAGCUGCUGGGGAGAGAGGGGAGCGGUGGGCAAGUCCCCAGCUGAGCCAAGGAGAAGGAGAGAGACAGAGAGAGAGAGAGAAAGAGAGAGAGAGAAAGAGAGAGGGAGGGAGGGAGCGAGCGAGCGAGCGAGAGACGGACAGACAGAGACCUCUGCUGCUUCUCUGGCCGCGUCGAUCAGAAGUGGAUCGGAGGUUCGACGGCUCGCCUGCUCUGUCCAAGCAGGUAGAGCGCGCCCGCGCAAGAGAGAAGGAGAGAAGCCUCCUCCGGCGCCACCCAGGUGUGCGACUUCUGGACGGGAUGUAGCAACGUUUCGAGAGUGAGCACGCCUGUUAACCAGGAACCAUGUCGGUGAAACUGACAUUUGUCUCUCCAGCCAAUGGUGGAAGAAUCAGCAGGAGCUGCUCCUUUGCUGGAUUUAGCAACACUCACAACCGGAAGUUAACGAAGUCUAUCAGCAAAGGUUCUACGAGGUCCAAAAUGUCUGUGAAAUCUGCCAAGAUGUAUCCUUCCCUCCAGAAAGGGACAGUUAUCUGGGAUCCAAAGCCGCAGCAAGUGAAGAAAGUUUUUGAAGCCUUAAAGAAAGGACUCAAUGAGUAUCUGGAAAACCAUCAGAUAGAGCUGGAUUAUCUGUCAGAAUGCCACAAAGAUACAAGGAGGAACUCCAGACUGGCUUUCUAUUAUGAUUUGGAUAAGCAAAUCCGCUUGGUGGAAAGAUAUAUCAGGAAACUGGAAUUUCAUAUAAGCAAGGUAGAAGAACUAUAUGAAGCUUACAGUAUCCAAUGCAGACUUCGAGAUGGUGCCUCAAAUAUGAAACAUGCCUUUUCGUUAUCCCCUUCCACUAAAGCAUCAAGAGAGAGCCUGGUAGAAGUUUAUAAAAACCUUCAAGAAUGUACAGAGGAUAUGUGUCUGAUUGAGGGAAGACUUGAAGUGCAUUUGGGCGAGUUUCACUUAAAGAUGAAAGGGCUGGUGGGUUAUGCACGUCUCUGCCCAGGGGACCAGUAUGAGGUGUUUGUACGGCUGGGCCGCCAGAAGUGGAAACUGAAAGGCAGAAUUCUAACAGAUGACAGUCAAGCAUGGGAUGAAGAGGAAAAAGUUUUCAUACCCAAUCUUCAUGAAAAGUUUGAAAUCAAGGUCACAGAACUGCGGGGACUGAGUACUCUCUUGGUUGGCCUGGUGACCUGUGAUACCAUAGACUUCUUCACAACUAGGCCUUAUAUCAUUGUUGUGGAUAUAACAGAAUUAGGUACCAUCAAACUGCAACUGGAGGUUCUCUGGAACCCUUUUGAGACUGAGAAUGUUGUCAUGUCUCCAGGAUCUACCACUAAGUUUUCUAUGGGGAGCAGAAAGAACUCCAUAUACAGCUGGACUCCGCCAAACACUCCCAGCUUCCGAGAGAAAUAUUACCUUUCUGUUUUCAAGCAAGGAGAAAAACAUGCAGCUAUCAGGGAUGAGACCCAGGAUUCCUGCAUUCUGAGCUAUUUGGCGGACUAUGAUUUUAACAUGCGCCUGAGGAGUGCAAGCCACAGUCUCACUGAGACAACUGAAGACAGCUCAUUCAGUUCUGAAGACCAGAAAGGGGCAGAGAGCAGAAACGUGACCCCUCCUUCAAAUCAGAGGACGCUGCCAUUGACCAUGCUAUUGGAUGGCUGUGUGGGAGGAGGACAAAGGGACUUUUUGCUGAUCCAGCCUCUAGGUCACAGAACUUUAGAUAUUCUACAAGAGACUCCACAUGCUGACAUGGUCCCAUCAUGUCCAUUGGAUCAAGGAAAAGAGGAGAGCCAACCCAUUACUGGGAAUUGGAGUCUGUCUUCAGUGCAACAAAGAAAGAUCCUCUCUGCUGAACAGAGAAGCUUGAAAGAGGACGUUGGUGCCAAAUCUGGUGGAAAUACCAGAUCAGUUGAGAAAAACCUGCAAGAAGUGUUACAGUUGUUGAAAUUGCAGCAUCCACAUUCUAUCCAAAUAGAGCAAAUGGAAUAUCAGGUUUUUCGCAUCAGGGACAAAUUAAAGCCGAAAAAACACCACCUGAAACAUUCCUCCAUGGAGAGCUUGAUGGUGGAAACAGUGCUGGAGAGCUUUGACUUUCUCAAUGCUGAUGGCAGCACUGAUGAACUUUCAUCCUUUGGGAGUAUAAGGACCCACAGCGUCAGCACCAGCACCUACAAUGAUACUACGUUUUCGUCUUUUUCCUGUGAUGCCAAAACAGAAAAGAAAGAGCUAACCACAGGCAAUGAUGACCUAGAUACACUACUGGGUGUUCACUUGCAGUUUUGCAGAGUUCUUCUACAGAAACUUGUCACACCAAACUUAGCUCCAAUUGUCCAGGAGAGCCUUCUGGAGGAGGUGUCACAACAGAAACACAUCCUGGAAAUAAUCUCUGCUCUGGCUGCUCCUGCACCACGGAACUUAACUUCUGUUGAAGACAUUAUCCAGAAAGCUAAAAAGCAGAAGCACUGCCUGAAAAUCUGGAGUGGGUGCACUGAAGGGGGCAGCAUUUUGUUAUGUCCAGUAGAGAGAUUUCGGAAUGCUUUGAAGUACAUUCUGAUGUUUAAAAUAAAAGAAAAACAUCAAAAACAUCUAGAAAAAGUUUUGCAGGUGUUUGUGGAGCAGGUAGCUGGAGGAAGCCUCUCCUUUCUCUUGCCAGAUCUCCCCACUGAAUUAGUGACACUGUUCCAGUUUUACAGCUACCUGGAGAAGCACCGUGUAAACAACUUGGAAAAACAUUUGGCCAGAUUUGCUAAAGAAGUAAUGUUAACCGAGGACCUGCAACGUCCUGGGAGAAUGAAGAAAAUAAAGAAACUGAAAGGGAAGCGACUGAACCAGCUGCGGCCCCUUCCCCAGACCCUGCAGCUCCUGGCAGUCCUCCAGCUUGAUGAAAACCAUCGUGUGGCCAAAGCAGCCACAUCAUGUCUCUCUUGUGCAGCAGGCAACAGGAAGUUCCGAAAAAUGGCUCUUCUUUUUUAUACAGAUGUCUUAAGCCACGAAGAUUCAAAAUUACAGCAAGCUGCAUGUCUGGCCCUCAAAAAUCUCAGAGGAAUUGAAAGUAUAGAGGAAGUUGCCAGGCUGUAUCUGUCAGAAAUGGAGGAUGUGCGGAAUGCGGCCAGAGAAGCCACUCUUUCAUUUGGUGAAAAAGGACGACUGGCCUUUGAAAAAAUGGACAAAAUUUGUUGUGAACUGAGGGAUAUCAUGGAUCAAGAAGCUGAAAUUGAGAUUACAGUAUUUUGAACUGUACUGUCAAAGAUGACUGGCUGUUGAGUUUGGUUUUUAACUCGCUUUUAUUAGCAUGUGGAAAGCUCUACAGAUUGGAGAAGAAAUUGUAAAGUUGCAUGCCUGUCUCAGGUGGAUUUUUAAAAUACCAGGAACCUCAAAGGAGGAACAAUUUCAGGGUUUUAACACAUUUGACAGGAAUGUAGGACAGGUUGGUGACUCUGCUCUCACAACAAAGAAAUGCAAACUCUUAAGAAUCUGAAUUCAUCUGUCUUCAUUGUAAGAACAAAUUAGUCUGGAGCGAACCUAGAGUGAGAUCUAAAGAGCAUCUUUUAAAACCUGUUCAUGGAAGCUGCUGGAUUUCAGUGAUGAAGCAGUUAAAAACUCACAGAGGGAUCAGUGUAGAACUACAGUGGAUUAAGGCCAGUAAAGAGGAGACAGCUUUUUAUAACUCCAGAUUGUGACAAGCAAACACUCUUUGCAUAGACACAGAAGACAGAAUACUUUGUACAUUUAUUUGUUUAAUCUUGUAAUUUAAAACUUUUAAACAAAGAUUUCUAAAUUCAUGACUGGAUAGCUGAAGUAAAACAAUCUGAAAUCUCCUUCUGGGUUUCUUGCUGUGCCACUGGAGAGAAGAUGAAAUGCAAAGACAUUUGGGUCUUUAAGAAAAAGAAAUGUAAGGUACAUGUUGAUCUUACCUACUUUCUACAAUUAAAUCUACACACACUUACAUUUUAAUUUGAACUUGUGGAAUAGGCUACUCCAUGUGUGUUUUUUUCAUUGUAGAUCUUACCCAAAAGUAGAUCUAGAACAUAGUCUCUCUUGCAGAUUGUUGUUUGCAUGGUAGCAAUCAGAUUCCAAAUUUCAACCAGCCAUUUAGUCUUCUUUCUGCAUACAAAAAGCUAUGAGAUUGACUCCCCCCAAACCAACUAAAUUAGAAAGUGCACCGCAUCUCUUACCACACUUGUAUCUUUUGUGGGGAGGGGGGUAUUUUAUUAUCCCAAGAUCCAUGUGGCUUGGAGUUAUGAAAGAUAUCAAAAACCAUUUGUUAGUUUUUUGAGUUGACCCUGAAAGAUUAAGUGAAUACUGUAUAAAUUCCAGGUGAUAAGGUCUAAUGGCAUGGGAUAAUGCCUACUUCUAAGACUCUUGCUUAGAGCAUAACCAAAAACUAUUUUCAUGUAACCUAUGGAUGUAAUAUUAAGUAUAGUUACCUAGAAGUUUUACUGAACCCACUGACACCUACAUUGGAGUAAACAAGACUAAAGCUUUGAAUGCAUGGGGUGAUUUUGCUUUUGAGAUAACAGUGUGUGUAAGCACACACAGGCAUGCAAGAUCCUACCACUGGAUCUUAUCCCUUGACAUUUAAUGUACAUAUUUUAUACAGUACCUUGUGCUUUGUACUUUUUGGUAUUUAUUGCUGAAAUUAAUUUACCUUUUUUUUUUAAAAAA